GGCCUGAGCCGCGAGCCCCGAGCUACCUGCCAUUCGCGCGCCGUCUCCCGGCAACGGGAGCGCGCGCCGCCAGCGCACAAUUCCCGCCAGCGCAUAAUGCACGCCCGCCUCUAGCCCCGGCGCGCUAGCGCAGGCAGGCAGUCUGGAGGAGAGAGCCGCGGAAGCCGCUCGCCCGCCAGACAGAGAUCGCUCGUAGCUUCAAAUGGGAGGAGUUUUGAGCAAGCUCCGCUCCCCGCAGCCCGCCCCCAAUCCGGAAGCAAGGAGACGGCGCCCACCCGCGCGCCGGGCCUUCCUCGCAAGCCACCCCCGCCCCACAAGCCCCGCCCCGCCUUCCCCCUGGGCCCGCCGAGAUCCCAUUCAGCCCUCAGUCCCCAGUCGUUUCGUCGGGUCCCGUCGGAGGCCUUCCCACCGGGUCUGUAGGACUUCACCACACCACUUUGGCAUAACACGUCCAAGACGAUACCCAGUCCAGCAGGGCCGGUAUUCCUGUGUGCUUCCCACGCUGUGCCGGAAUGGCGGUCACAGGAAGCGUGUGCUGUCUCGCGGUCAUUCCAGAGUGGUGUGCAGGCCUUCGACAGUGAGGAUCGCUCCUCCCGGGAGCAACCUGGCUCGUUUUCCAAUAGCAGUGCAGAUCCCUAAGGCCCCAGACUCGUGGUCAAAGGAGGCUGUUCUGCUGGCCCUCGAAUGUUGGAAGAGGAAGAAAAGGACAGUGGAGGAGGAGGAAGACCAAACAUCUGCUGCUGGUCAGGAGGAGAAAAGAAGGUGCCAUGACAGCAGUGGGAGUGGCCAUUCAGCUUUGAAGCCCGAGGUGGCCAAUGGAGUCCCUGCUGCUUUUGUGCCUGAGCCUGGGCCUCUGAAGAGAGACCUCAGUUCCCAGAGCUCAGAUGGUGAACUGCAUAAGAGACCCUGCUCCUCUGCUGUGAGCUGCUCGAAGGGCACGUGCGCAUGUGGCAUCCGUAUGUCCAGCCGCAAUGCCAUUACCAGUUCCUACACUUCUACUGGAGGCAUCUCUCAGCUCUGGAAGAGGCGUCCCAGUGCCUCACCCUUCUCCAGCCCAGCCUCCUCCUGCUCACAGACACCAGAGUGUCCAGAAAAGAAGAUGAGAGAAGAGGACGGUCCUCAGGGAUCUGGCUCUUCCGCUCCGCCGGUAAACAAGGAGUCCCAGGGAGAACAGACCACCACCUCGGACUUUGGAGCUACGACCCAGACCAACAGCAGCGGUGGCAGCACAACCUCAUCACACGUCACAUCUGGGGUGUCAGCAGGCCCCGCUGCCAGUGGGGACUUUGGGAUGAGCAUGUCAGCCCCCCACAGCAGCUCCACCACUAGUGCAUUCAACUUUGUGGCAGGACGGAGUGGGAGAACUGGUGGCACGGCCCAUUUCUGGGGAUGCCUGAGUGAGAACUCCCUUGGUGCUGGCCAGAGCACACUGUUUGCCAUCUACGUGGCCAGCACACCUCAGAACACGUCUGUGCUUGCAGCCAUCACCUCCAGCUUUGGAGCUGUGACCCAACACACCAGCUGUGGGACCAGUACAUCCGGGUUUGGCAACACCAUCUCAGCGCCCUUCACAUCUAUGGUGUCAGCAGGCCCCACUGGCAGUGGGGGCUUUGGGACAGGCAUGCCUGCCCCCCACAGCAGCCCUACCACCGGGGCACUUGGCGUUGGGUCAGUGCAGAGUGGGAGAACUGGUCCCAAGAACUCCUUUUGGGGAGCCUUAAAACCGAGCUCCCUGGGUGCAGCU